GUGAUCCGCUCGAGCAGCGGAGAGACUUUUCUCUCCACAGAUGUUUGGCUGUUCAGUAUGGUUAGAGAGGAGGCGCGCUGCAACUUUCCUGAGGAGGAUUUACUUUUCCAGGCGUACAUGUAGAUAAAAGUCUACCAGUUGAAGGGAUUUGAUUCUUAUCAAAGGAAAAGAAGAAGAAAAUGCCUGUAGCUAUUCUCAUGCCUUUUACGGCAACCCCGAGUCGGAAGUCCGUUAGCGCGAGCUCGUUCAGGCUAACGGAGAAAUUCAUUCUGCUCUUAGUUUUCAGCGCCUUCAUCACCUUCUGCUUCGGAGCUAUCUUCUUCCUACCGGAUUCAUCCAAGCUGUUUUUCUUCCGCUCUGACCCGGCCACGGUGGACGGCGACACCCGGACGGGUACAGACGGAGACCCCGGUGGUACCGGCAAGGACGAGAAAAUCUUAGCCAAGAUUAAGAAGGACCACGAACAGGCUCUGCUCGAAGCCAAGGAUACGCUCCAGAAGCGGCCGGAUGAAAUCAAGCAGGACAUCCGAAGCGAGAAGGACCAAGUUGCGAAGAACAGAGGCGGGGAGAAUAACGACGGCUCUCUGCCCGUUAUCGAGUUCACGCGACCUCCUGGGGCAACAGGGCGCGAGCCUUCCGACCCGGAAACGAGGGAGAAACGAGCGAAAAUUAAAGAGAUGAUGCAGUUUGCUUGGGAUAAUUACAAGCGCUAUGCCUGGGGCUCCAAUGAGCUGCGGCCCGUCUCCAAGCAAGGCCACUCCAGUAAUCUGUUUGGAAGUCUGAGGGGCGCGACCAUCGUGGACGCUCUGGACACUCUGUACAUCAUGGAGAUGUAUGAUGAGUUCGAAGCUGCCACUGAGUGGGUGGAGAAAAAUUUUGAUUUUAACAUGAACACAGAAAUCUCCGUCUUUGAAGUCAACAUCCGCUUCGUCGGAGGACUUCUCUCAGCCUACUAUCUCUCAGGAAAAGAGGUGUUCAGGAGGAAAGCUAUUGAGCUAGGAGAGAAAUUACUGCCUGCAUUCAAGACACCCACAGGCAUCCCUUGGGCUCUUCUCAACCUAAAAAGUGGCAUAGGCAGGAACUGGCCGUGGGCGUCAGGAGGCAGCAGCAUUUUAGCCGAGUACGGCACACUGCAUUUGGAGUUCGUCCAUCUGAGCAGACUGUCCGGGAAACCUAUGUUUGCAGAGAAGGUUAUGAACAUCCGGAAGGUUCUGAAUCGUCUCGACAAGCCACAAGGACUUUACCCGAAUUACCUGAACCCCAACAGUGGACAGUGGGGACAGCAUCAUGUGUCUGUGGGUGGCCUUGGUGAUAGUUUCUACGAGUACCUGCUCAAAGCCUGGAUCAUGUCUGACAAGCGAGACGAAGAAGCCAAGAAGCUUUACUACGACGCUCUAAAGGCCAUUGAGACGGGUUUGAUCCGGAGGUCAAGCGGCGGUCUCACCUACAUCGCAGAAUGGAAAGGAGGCCUCCUCGAGCAUAAGAUGGGUCACUUGACCUGCUUUGCUGGGGGGAUGAUCGCUCUCGGGGCUGAUGGAGCUCCUGAGGACCAGAUGGGUCACCAGAUGGAGCUGGCAGCCGAGAUCACACGCACGUGCCACGAGUCAUACUCCAGAACCAACCUUAAGCUAGGACCCGAGGCGUUCAGGUUCGACGGCGGCGUGGAAGCCAUCGCCACACGACAGAAUGAGAAAUACUUCAUCCUGAGGCCAGAAGUCAUAGAAACCUACAUGUACAUGUGGAGGCUCACUCACGACCCCAAAUACAGGCAGUGGGGCUGGGAGGCUGUCAAGGCUCUGGAGCAGCACUGCAGGGUGGAAGGAGGCUAUAGUGGAGUGAGAGACGUCUACAGCAACAAUCCCAACCAUGAUGACGUCCAGCAGAGCUUCUACCUGGCUGAGACACUGAAAUAUCUGUACCUGCUGUUCUCUGAUGACGACCACCUGCCGUUUGAGCACUGGGUCUUUAACACCGAAGCUCACCCGCUGCCCAUCAUAAAGCGAGAGAGCUUGAGCUCAGACAGGAACAACCAGCUGUAGCAGCGCUCACGUUUCCCCACAAAGCCCUGCAGGGACAUCUCCAGCUGUGAGAAUUGCUCCAAGCCCCAAUCUUAAGCAAAGCAGAGCGGUGGAGUUCACCUUUGACCCCGCCGACCCCUACUCCACCCAGACAUGUCCUGCAGGUCACCCUGGGUCUGAGCCUCUGAACAUCAUCUCCACCAACGUUUAAAGAUAGCAGUGUGCAUGCUGCCCUUCUUCUCCUGUCCCGCCCACUUUUUCUCACCCCAAUCCUUAAUUCAGUCCUCUUUCUGAGCCUCCGAGGUCCAAACGAGCUUCUCUCCUCUGUGAGGAGACCGGACCACCUCCACUUGAAUGUUUAUCAUAUAUUUCUCAUGUUUUCUCACACACAUGACACAGAAACAAAGCCAUAUUUCGGCCCACAGCUGUCGUGCUGCGCAAGUUUGUGAAACAUUUGUUUGACUCAUAGCCUCAAUCAUAACUGCAAGGUAGUGAUAUGGAGUUAACUAGUGCCUUUUUAGCUCAAUGACCAACUCUUCUGUUCUUGUAAGUGAUUUCACAAACCGAUGAAGAUUUAGUUCAGGAAGAGGACAGGGGGCUUUUGUUUUUCUCGUUAUUUCCUCUCUCUCUCUCUCUGUCUCUCUCUCGGUGUCCAGGAAAAUAUAUAAGGUCCAGAAGACAGCCACAGCUUGAACGAUAACUUGGAUGAUUUGACGUGAUUGGUAUGUUGAGUACAAAUCUCACAUCAUCAUCAUUCCGUUUGAUUCUAUGACCGCAUACGUCAGUGCUUCCUUUUCUACAUUCUCCCUCUCGUCACGUUCAAUAACGAAGUUUGUUGUUGUUUACUCAAUCAAGCGUGACUGAGUUAUCGGACAUGUAAAAAUAGGAGAGUUUGUGUUAAUUUAUGACUGAAGAAGUGUUUCAGUCUCAGGCGUACAGAUGAAGGAACUCUUCUCACUGUAAGGACAGCGAUGACGACCAGAGAACUCAUCAUCCGGUGAUAACGAGUCAGAUGGGCAACAACAGUAUCAAUUAGCUAGACUGAAUUAUUACGUCUGAAUGUACCACCAAAUGUGAAGUGAAUAUUAUUUUUGCUUAUCUUGUGUUAUUAUUUCUGCUUUUUUUUUUAUUGUGAAAGCACAAAAAUUGUGGAAUGAUGUUGUUUUCUUCUUCUUCCUGGUUUUGCCUGGAGAAAGUGGGUGAAACUUACUGGGGUGGAACACAGAAAACACACAUAAGGAAUUAGCAAAUAGAUUCAAAGUAAGCAGACACACACACACACACUGAUCAGCCAUGACAUUAUGACCAUUGACAGGUGAAGAAGUGAAUAACAUUGAUUAUCUCAUUACAAUGGCACCUGUCAAG